ACGACAUUUGACUAGGCACCUUUGUAUAACCACGAGCCCUUGAAAGUUCGAUCUCUACACAAUUUCACAAAAGAAUAGAAGUCGAGGAUCAGCAAGCAAAGCCGUUCAAGAUGGAGCCUCGUGCGCGUGCCGGCAAGAAUGUCGGCAAAAUGAACUUUUCCCACGCCGAACUGGCCCAGCUUCUCUACGCCCACGGCGACAUCAAAAACCCCAUGCCCGAAACAGUCCGCGUCCUCGACGAGAUCCUCACCGACUUCAUGCAGUCCAUUGCCUUUGAAGCCAACCGCGCAGCAAACUACUCGGGCCGACAGAAGAUCAAGUACGAGGACUUUGAGUUUGCGUUUCGGAAGAACCCUUCGUUUCUAGGAAAGGUGCAAGAGGUGUUUGAGAAGCAGAAGGAGAUUAAGAAGGCAAGAGAGAUUCUGAGGGAUGGAGAGGAUGAGAUUAUGAAGGAUGCGGCCGAGGAAGAGAAGAGGAAGGAAAAGGCGGCGCCGAAGACCAAUAAGGUCGAGGAGGAGUUGGGUGAGGCGGACGAUGAUGCGGAGGCAGAGGCUGAUGCUCUGGGAAAAAGGAGGUGAUGGUGAUGGCUCUGGUAGGAUACACGGUCUCUUUCUUUGUUUGGGUUCGCAAAGCAUUGCUCUGGAGUUGGGGAAAGCAUGGACUGGCGUUUGGGGAAUUUUGGCAAGGCUAUGCCAGUUUUUUUUCCUCCUUUUUCUCUAGACACAGGUCUCUUCUACAUAUAACUAGAUGCGGUAAUCAGAGGCAUCCAUUUUCACGAUCCUUCCGCAACUCCCUUCGA